GGUUCUUCCGAAUGGGACGCGGCCGGGCUGCAGUCAGCUGACACACCGACAUCUUGAGAGGAGCCGAGCCGCUGCUGGAGGAGAGAGAGACAAUUUAUAUAACCUCCAGAUCCGCGAGGAACACCUGUCUGCGAGCCGGUCUCUCAUUAUGAUCUGUGACUGAGGACUGGCAGCAAUGAUCGGAGGACUUUUCAUCUACAACCACAAGGGGGAGGUGUUGAUCUCCAGGGUGUACCGCGAUGACAUCGGGAGGAACGCGGUGGAUGCGUUCCGGGUGAACGUGAUCCACGCCCGGCAGCAGGUCCGCUCUCCGGUCACCAACAUCGCCCGGACCAGCUUCUUCCACGUGAAGAGGUCCAACAUCUGGCUGGCGGCCGCCACCCGGCAGAACGUCAACGCCACCAUGGUGUUCGAGUUCCUCUACAAGAUGUGUGACGUCAUGGCUGCGUACUUCGGGAAGAUCAGCGAGGAGAACGUCAAGAACAACUUCGUGCUGAUCUACGAGCUGCUGGACGAAAUCCUGGACUUUGGUUACCCUCAGAACUCGGAGACGGGCGCUCUGAAGACUUUCAUCACCCAGCAGGGCAUCAAGAGUCAGGUACAGAGUAAGGAGGAGCAGUCUCAGAUCACCAGCCAGGUCACUGGGCAGAUCGGCUGGAGGAGGGAGGGUAUCAAGUACCGGAGGAACGAGCUGUUUCUGGAUGUGCUGGAGAGCGUCAACCUGCUCAUGUCCCCGCAGGGUCAGGUGCUCAGCGCUCACGUCUCCGGCCGGGUGGUGAUGAAGAGCUACCUCAGCGGGAUGCCGGAGUGUAAGUUUGGGAUGAACGACAAGAUCGUCAUCGACAAGCAGGGCAAAGCAGGAAGUAAUGAGGACGGAGCCAAGAGUGGGAAGCAGUCCAUAGCGAUCGAUGACUGCACCUUCCAUCAGUGUGUUCGACUCAGCAAGUUUGACUCUGAGCGCAGCAUCAGCUUCAUCCCUCCAGACGGAGACUACGAGCUCAUGAGGUACCGCACCACCAAAGACAUCAUCCUACCCUUCAGGGUGAUCCCCCUGGUGAGGGAGGUGGGCCGCACCAAGCUGGAGGUCAAAGUGGUCAUCAAGUCCAACUUCAAGGCCUCGCUGCUGGCCCAGAAGAUCGAGGUGAGGAUCCCCACCCCCCUGAACACCAGUGGCGUUCAGCUCAUCUGUAUGAAGGGAAAGGCUAAGUACAAGGCCAGCGAGAACGCCAUCGUCUGGAAGGUGAAGAGGAUGGCAGGGAUGAAGGAGUCUCAGAUCAGCGCAGAGAUCGAGCUGCUGCCGACCAACGAUAAGAAGAAGUGGGCGCGCCCCCCCAUCUCCAUGAACUUUGAGGUGCCGUUCGCCCCCUCCGGUCUGAAGGUGCGCUACCUGAAGGUGUUCGAGCCCAAACUGAACUACAACGACCACGACGUCAUAAAAUGGGUUCGAUAUAUCGGGAAGAGCGGCAUCUACGAGACGCGCUGCUGACAUCACUGUGACAUCAUCACCGCGACAUCAUCACCGUGACAUCAUCAUGAUAACAUCACCAUGACGUCAUCAUGACAUCAUUGCUGUGACAUCAUCACAGUGACAUCAUCAUGACGUCAUUACCGUGACACCAUCAUGAUAUCAUCACCAUGACGUCAUCAUGACAUCAUUGCUGUGCCAUCAUCAUCAUGACAUCAUUACCGUGACACCAUCAUGACAUCAUCACUGUGACAUCAUCAUGACUUCAUCAUCGUGACUUCAUCAUCGUGACAUCAUCAUCGUGACAUCGUCGUGUUGUUUACCGCGUGCGGACAGCGCUUCAUAUUUCAGGGUUAUUAUAGUUGUUAUGGAUAGAACUACAUGUAGGACGUCAAGAACUACAGCAGCAGAAGAAGAGUUAAUCCUCCCGGCUCGUGGUGUGUUACCCAGCAUGCUUUGCUCUGUGAUUGUCUGAAACCAUUUUUUAUUUUGUUAUUUUUUACUUUUUUUUACCCAGAUGUGUCAAUAAUAAUAAACAUGAAUAUGAAAUCA